AGACCUUCAGCUCAACGUCAUUUGAGGACGGCAAGAUGACGAAGGUUGCGUUGCUUGUUGUGGGAGGAUGUGUCUUUUUUGGAUUACUCAAGUUAGUAGCAUCAGAACCACCGCAUGUGGACGAAGAAGAUGUCCGAUUGACUAACGAUGCACACGAGGGACAUCAACCUGAACAUAGAAUGGCCUCUGAGUCAAGCGCCACAGCCUUCGCCACAGCGUUCGCGCCUCGACCAGUUCCGACUCCUACCCCCUUCUCCAUCCACCUAACAGAGUGCUACGUCUGUACAGAUUGUCCUCAAAUCAGCUCUAAUACUACUGCCAAAAUGUGUCCUUAUACUCUGGAUCCUGACAAGAGGAACAAGUGCGUCGUCUAUGCAGAAAAAUAUAAACAUAUGAAAAGGCCUUGGUACAUAAGAGGAUGUGCUUCAGAAAGAGGUACCUGCGCUGACAUUAGGAAGGCUCAUGCAUCACACGCAGAUAUCGUGACUUUGCUGCUAUGUACUGAGUGUGAAGGGGAAAGAUGUAAUACAAACUCAGCUCGGUCUAUUGCUGACGUCACUAUGGCAUUCUUUGCUUUGGUGGUUACGCCAUUGAUUGCGAAAUACACGCUCUCCUAAAACUGGUUCGUGUUAAGAAAAGGUCUUGGGAGAUUCGAUUUCUAAUACUUACUUACCUAUCGUUUAUUAAAUAAGAAUCGGCAGCAUGUAUAAAUAGUAUUUAGGUAGUUAUCAGUUAGGUACCUAACUAAUUAUAAAACGAACAAAAGAAAACUCAGUUUUCUCAAAAGACUUGCUAAAUUGUAGACUAAAGACUAAAUUAAUACUAUCUCGCUGAAUGUCAUUAUACUAAGAGAAUUUUUGAAAUAGUGUUUUUUGACUAUUGGUAUGGAUACCUAUCAGGUAGGUAUUCAAUAUUAUUGUAACUAUUAAUGAAACUAAAAUUCCAGGAUCUUUUCUCAGGAUAUCAAAUCUGAGUCAGAGAACAGUUUUGAAAUGCCAAUUGAAAGAUCAAAAAAAUUAACGAUAAGUAUGAAUUUUUUUUUAAUGAAAUAAUGUGACCAAAAAUUGUAAUUGUGAAUUACGAUGAGUCAUAAUAAAAUUCUUAAAAACAUCAUUACUAAUGUGAUAAAAAAGUCCUCAUUUUACCAACAAUGUCAACUUAGAUUUGUUCUUACCUAGGCAUCUAAUGGGUAACAUUAUGUUACGGCUCCAAUAUCGAGAUUCGGCGAAUGAUUUGAGUUUGGGCACACGAUAGUUCGGCAUUCGGCAACUCAACUGGCCACACUACUUGGGAUACGGCGAAUGCUUUGAGUUUGACUAAUUUUUAAAUAAGUUUGGCAAAUUAGCCGGUCAUUCAUUCAUUCAUAUCCUUCAGCGGUCAGCCCAAAAUGAUGAAUUUGCAAAAUGUUGAGUCCCAAAAUGUUGAAUUUACAAAAUGUUGAAUGUUGGAGUUGCAAAAUGUUGAAUUCGCAAAAUGUUGAAUUUCCUAUACCGGAAAAAACAAAGAAUUUCCGUGGGAUUUUUAUAUACAUUUGUAUACAUUCGGAUUUAUAUACAGCGCGAAUGUGCGAUGUGAUUGACGCCGUCCGCGCGCGUUAUCACAAAUCAUAUACCGAAUACCGAUAGUGGAGACGUACCAUAAAAUAAACUGCGCGUUAAAAUAGCUUAAUGACUACUCUGACGACACGGCAACUUAACACGAUUGCCUUGAAUUCUCGCAUGUACCUACGACUCUAUUAUGCCUCGAAGAUUUCCAAGCACAUAAUAUUCAGUUACCUUUGAAUUUUAAUUUAGAACUCGUCAUUGUCAUGGGCGAGUAUGGAACUUGCGGUUUCCUUCUUACUUCUAUCUGAGCAGGUUUCCGCACUAAACGUUUCCCCCUAAAGUGCCCCUUCCCGCCGGGCUCGUCACUCGAGCCAUCCAAACUCGCUCCAGAAGCCAUGUAACCGCACAGCUUGCCGAGGGCUUCUCGGAGCGAGACAGGGGAUCUCAAGUAGCAUUCCCUUGGACUCCAGCAGUUCUUGCCCCGGUGUUUUAUCUAUAUUACCUUACCUCCACGCAGGGCAUGCCAGAGACCUAUCACCAAUAACGGUGGGGACUUGCCGUUUUACAGUAGUUUAAUAUGUGAUUUUCAUUUUAAGGCGUUAAGAGUUUAUAUUAAGUUCUGAAUAUGAUAAGGUUGCCUUUCCACCAGUGUAUGGAAGCGAAGGGACGGACGUGUGUGAACUGUGAAACUUAUCACUUAAUAGGUUUAUUUCCUUAUCUCAUUAAAAUCUUUACACCGUACCGAGUUACUGCAACAGUGAAAAGUGCGACCAAAGCAUAUCAGUGGCAUUUUAUAAAAUUCUAAGACGAUCUUUAAAAAAAAUCGAAAGAGAAAUUAAUUACAGGUAGCACAGAAAAGGAUAUACACACACUUUUAUAGCCCAGACAAAGAUAAUUAUUGAUGCUUUCUUAUUUCUUUUGUGGGUGGAAAGUACAAUAAUCUUAGAUUGUGUUUCAUGGUUUCAUGGAAAUAUUUUUUUGAGAUGGAUACAAAAUCUGUGACACUAUUGUUUGAAUUUGGCAUCAGCAGACCGACUGAACUGGCACGACUGAUUUUUGUUAUAGUUUUCAAUUCAAGAGUCUCAUAUAUUGUUGCUUGAUGUAUAUAAAAUUAAACGAUUCCCUACA